AUGGAAACGGCUAUGAGAGCAGCUGAUCCGCUUAUUGCCAACAAUGUCACACCCUAUUCAGAGGCAGCCCGUCAAGGGGUUUCCUGGCAUCAACGUGGCAGUGUUCCUGACUCCCCAUAUUCCUUCCGACAUUUCAGAAUUCUAAUGCUACAUGUGAAAAAUUUUUGCUCAAAGCCUUUAACUAACUGGUUGCCCGUAAAUGUUAAAAUAGGUGACCAGGAUGAUACUUGCAGGCCACGAAAUGGCAAAGCUCUAAAUUCAAUAUUGGAAGCAAUCGGUGGAACACCAUUAGUAAAACUAAAUAAAAUUCCUCAGUCCCUUGGUAUAAAAUGUGAUGUUUAUGCAAAACUGGAGUACUUGAACCCUGGAGGUUCGGUUAAAGAUCGUGCUGCUGAACGAAUGGUUGAUAUUGCUGAAAAGACGGGUCUUCUGAAACCUGGCAUGAGUCUUGUUGAGCCAACAUCUGGUAACACCGGAAUUGGCUUGGCAUUAGUUGGAGCCGUUAAAGGUUACGACUGUACAAUUGUAAUGCCGGAGAAGAAUAAAGGCGAAAAGAUUACAACCUUGCUUGCUCUAGGCGGUAAAAUCGAAAAAACCCCAAACGAUGCUACCUAUGACAGCCCGGAAUAUCAUAUUAGCAAAGCAUUUCAGAUAAAUAAAGCAACUCCAAAUUCGUUAGUUUUGGAUCAGUAUCUCAACUCUGGUAAUCCGAUAUCCCAUUAUGAAGGAACUGCAGCUGAAAUUUUAUACUCACUGAAUGGUGCAUUAGAUAUGGUAGUUAUUGGGGCAGGGACUGGUGGCACAUUGACAGGGGUUUCGCGUUAUAUGAAAGAAAAAUGUCCCAACGUCAAGAUAAUUGGUGCUGAUCCUGAAGGUUCAGUGUUAGGAGGGCAUAAAGAAGGCGCUUCGCAUUUCUUUGAGUUAGAAGGAAUUGGCUACGACUUCGUGCCGGCAACAUUGGAGUUUGAUAAUAUUGACGGAUGGCAGAAAGUAUCUGAUCGUGAUGCUUUCAGAAUGGCUAGAAGACUGAUCCGUGAAGAAGGUCUUCUUUGUGGUGGCAGUUCUGGAUGUAAUGUAGUUGCAGCAAUGGAAGCCUGCAAAGAACUUAAGAAGGGGCAGAAAUGUGUUGUCAUACUUCCGGACAGUGUCAGGAACUACAUGACUAAAUUUCUUGAUGAUGAAUGGAUGAUUAAACGUGGAUAUAUGGAGAAAACUAACAAACCGUUAUUAAAGCCAAAAUCUGAUCAAAUGUCUGAAGCAGGUAAAAAUUACCGUCCCGAUAAGUACCUGAAGUGUCAUUGGAGUACGUUACAUCCAGAAACCAACGACUGUCCAUAUAAAUUCAGGACAUGGCCCGGAGCACCAAAUCGAGCAAUUGGUGAAACUACAAGAAGCAAACAUUUUGAACAACCAAUGCUGCUGAAGACAGUGUUAGAGGCUAUUGGUAACACGCCGUUAGUUCGGCUGAAUCAUAUUCCCAAAUCAUGCGGUGUUAAAUGUCAAGUUUAUGCAAAAUGUGAAUACAUGAAUGCCGGCGGCUCUAUAAAGGACAGAAUCGCUUUACGUAUGGUAGAGUUAGCAGAAGAACAAGGAGUUUUGAAACCUGGUAUGACAAUCAUUGAACCAACUUCUGGUAACACAGGGAUAGGUUUAGCACUGGUGGCUGCAGUUAAAGGAUACCGGUGUAUUAUUGUGAUGCCUGAGAAGAUGAGCAAAGAAAAGUCCGAUACAUUAAAUGCCCUGGGGGCUGAAGUUGUGCGCACGCCAACUGAAGCAGCCUUUGACAGCAAAGAUUCUCAUAUUCAAGUUGCAAUACGGCUUAGAGACGAGAUAGAAGGAGCAGUUAUUCUUGACCAAUACGUUAAUCUUGGCAAUCCGAUGGCACAUUACGAAAACACUGCAGAAGAAAUUUUAUAUGCAUUAGAUGACAAGAUUGAUAUGGUUGUUGUUGGCGCAGGGACAGGUGGUUCGAUAACUGGAAUUGCACGGAAAGUUAAAGAAAUUUGUCCAAACUGCAAGAUUGUUGGGACAGACCCUGUUGGCUCAAUUCUUGCAGACCCAACUCAAAAAGAAACUGCGUUCUAUGAGGUUGAAGGAGUAGGGUACGACUUUGUUCCUACAGUAUUAGAUCGAGAUGUGGUUGACACAUGGGUAAAAACGACGGAUAAGGAAUCCUUCCAAAUGGCAAGAAGGUUGAUAAGUGAAGAAGGCUUGCUAUGCGGUGGUAGCUCCGGGGCAAAUGUUGAUGCGGCUAUGAGUGUAGCGAAAGACCUUCGAGAAGACCAAAUAUGCGUUGUUGUCUUACCAGACAGCAUUCGAAACUAUAUGUGA